UAGGCUUAGACCCCUUUUGUUUUGGGUACUUCGACUUCUUACCUCGUGCAUGCAAGUAACAGGGGUGUAACAUAGUAUUGUUCUGCAACACAGAACUUGCGGCCAUUUCCUUCUGUAUGAUCCAUUAUUAUCGUUCUUUGGAGUCUUGUGAAUGUUUUUUCCUGAAUAAAUUGCUUCAUCAUGGCUGAGAUGAAGGUAUGGACAGUGUUACUGGUCCUGAUCUCUUUUCAUGGAAACUCCGACAGUCAAACUGAUAUGUUUACCAUGAUCAUGACGACGGAUAUGGGUACACCACCGCCAACAAAUAGCACCCCACCUCCCCCUCCCCCGCCAUCAAUUACACCACCCCCACCACGAACUUCAACACCAGACCCUCCAAUCACAACACCAACCCCACCUCCCCCACCAACAAUCACCCCACCCCCACCACCACCAUCUUCUACACCAGAACCUCCUGUUACAAGAACCCCGCCACCACCCCCUCCCCCAUCCCCACCUCCACCCCCACCAUCAUCUACCAUUCCCCCUUCGACCACUCCUAGUCCUACCACAAUGACCACACCCACUAGGAUGAGUCUCACUACCACCGUUGCCAUGACUACUCAACCAAUCGAAAGAACUCUGCAGACCACUCGACAGAGGACCGAACCUCCUGCGUCCGUCGAACCAAACCCUGUCGCUGAAUCACUUGGAAAGAUUGGUGUCUUGUUAGCCACAUCGCUAGAUGAGUUUAACAGAGCCCAAUUCAAGGAGGUUAUAGCACGGGAAGUCAACAACUAUUGUUCCGAAUUCACAGGUCAAUGUCUUGGGGAAGGAAAAACUGUAAGUGCCAUAAAUGUGGUGAUUGUCAAUGCCGAACCGUAUGAAGUUCAGGUAAAUGACGCUAGACGGAGACUCCUCCAGGAGCAGGAGAUCCUGGUGGAGUACUAUGUGCAGGAUCCGGUCUUAUCUACCAACGUCAUGAUGACAACAGAGCAACAACGAUCCUUCCUCGCUAAUGAUGACGUCGACGACGCCUUAAAGACCGACAUCACUGGUUACACUGGUAUCGCACCUGUUUAUGCCGAUCCAGUGGAUGAUGAGGGACUAGAAGGUUGGGAGAUAGCUCUCAUUGUUAUAGGAUCAGGGGCUGCAGCUGGACUCGUGGUUGGCGGUAUAUACUACCUCAAUUAUACCAAAAAAUCCAAGAGCGAUGAGUUAGAUGUGGAACUACAGGAGAAGAAAUCAAAUCUGACGGAACAGCAGACUGGAAAUGAUUAUUCUACGGUUGUAACCACGAAUGGUUUGGACCAACCAAAGAAAGAAACCAAGAAAAAACCUCCCGUGGACGAAGCUAACGUUGCUACACAGGUGAAAUACAAAGAUAUACUGAUUGAAACAGGGUAUGAAGCAGUAGAAGGGAACACUCCAAAGGAAGCUAAUAAGAUUGACGAAAGACCAAACGGAGGAACAUCAGUGGUAGUGACUGCUGAGAUUUCAUCAUCCUCUUCCGGCUCUUCCACUCCAUCGGACACUGAGCAAGAUGCUACGGCGGAAGAUAAGCAAGAGAUCCCACCAGACUAUGAGCCACCACCACCCAUAGCUAAUGAUAAGGACAAUGAGGAUCAACUUGCCAAGAAAGAAGAAGACGAGGCAGUGAAUGAGUUAGACAAGCUCAUCGAUUCUCAAGCGCAGGAGCUAACAGUCAACUCCGUAGAGUUUCAGAAUCCAGGGUUUGAUGCAUCUCCCGAAAACUGAAUGGAGUGACUUCAUAAUUGAAUACAAGGGCAUAUCUUCCUCUCAGCAGUGAUCAUACAUGAUUUUUGCAAGAAUGUAAGAAGGAGUUUUUUAGGCGUUAGCAUUCUGCGAUAGACGCUAGAAAAAAAAUCAACUUUAAAAGAA